AACGAUCAUUGGGCGCACUUUACGAUCAACGCUACUACUCCUCAUCCUUACCUUUGUACCUGUUUUCGUUUUCGUCCUCUUCAUCGUCGUCGUCGUACUUAUUUUUCGCUCUGUGCUCGAGCAGAGUGAAUUUUCUGCUGCUUCAGGAAGGCAACGAAAUUUCACGUAGAAGACAUGAAUGUCCAUAAUGGAGGUUGUGGAGUUGAUAAAUAAAUUUAAUAAUAGCCUUGGUUCUUAUACUUUUUCAAGAUGGAUAGAAUAUUUAAUUGUAGAAUAUCAAACAUCAAAAACAUUAUUAAUAACAUCUAUCAGUAUUCUUUUAAUUAUUGUGGUUAUAUCUAUAUACGUUCUACGAAAAUGGAAGACAAAAGAACUUUUACCUCAAGUCAAAGAGUUUGUAGGUGUUAGUACUGGCAGACCAAGGUUCAGAAAAAGAGACAAAGUUCUAUUUUACGGCAGAAAGAUGUUGAGAAAAGUGAAAUCUAUAGGUGGUCAAGUCCAUGGUACAGGACAAGGGAAAAAGCGAAGAGCUGUUAUGCGAUUUGCUAGAAGGCUUUUACAAUUAAAAAAGGAAAAUACUCCACAACAACUAAAAGUAUUAGAACCACCUGCAGAAUAUCUUGAAGAGGAUGUUGGUCCAGGUGAUAGAGUACCACCAGAUGCACUUUAUAUGUUGCAAAGUAUAAGAGUAUUUGGACAUUUUGACAAGCCAGUUUUUCUUAAAUUAUGUAAACAUACCGAAAUUAUUAAUUUGCCAGCAGGAACUCCUUUAUUCAAAAUUGGAGAUCCUGAUGAAAAUGUUUUUAUUGUUCAACAAGGUUUAGUUAAUGUCUAUAUAACAUGUUCUGAUGGAUCUCAGAUUUCACUUAAAUUAGUGAAAACUGGAGAAUCAGUUACUAGCCUACUAAGUUUUACCGAUGUAUUAACUGGACAUAUAAGUACAUAUAAAACAGUGGCUGCCCGAGCUGUAGAGGAUUCUGUUGUUGUAAAAUUGCCAAUGUAUGCCUUUCAAGAAGUUUUUCAAGAUCAUCCUGACGCUUUCAUUCGGGUCAUUCAAGUUAUUAUGGUCCGGUUGCAACGUGUAACAUUUACAGCUUUACAUCAAUAUUUAGGGCUAUCUGCUGAAUUGAUUAAUCAAGGUCCACACAGAAAGAAACAUGGUUCAGUUUCAGGUUCACCUGUAAGAUCAAGAACGCGAGAGAAUUUUGCAGGACUUGCUUCAGAACAGAUUAUUUCAUCAUAUCCAACACUUCCCGAUCAACACUCUUUUGAUAUUUCUCCAAAAGAAUCUGGUAUUAAUAUAUCUCAACCUGUUCCAAUAAUGGUAACUCGAAGACCAAAAACAAAUUUAGAAUGGAAAACUCAAAAUUCUGAUUCUCAAUUAAGUCAAUAUACACCUGAUAUGAUCCCAGACUGUGAUUCGCAUUGGCCAUGUUCUAUAUCAAAUCAGCCAUUAUCACAUCCUGGUGAAUCUUUGGAUGGUGCAGGGAUUCACUUAAGUAACACUAAUCGUAAGCAUUCAAAGAUUGAAGGUGUACAACACCCUUUAGAUGAAAUACAAGUGGUCCAAAUUGCUACAGAAGCGUUCAUUAAGGAAUUAGGUCUAGAAGAUGGUACUCUUCUUAAAGGGGGCAAGGUUCAAAUUAGGGAAGUACCCACUGGAACUUACCUCAUGAAAGAAGAAAGUCAGAAGGAUGUCGCUUUAGUUUACGUUGUGUCUGGGUCAUUAAUUAUUAGUCAACGUGUAUCUGAGGGUUGUGAUGCAGGCGAAGAUGUACAUAUGUUUAGUGCUCAUCAAGGAGAAAUCGUUGGUGGACUAGCUGUAUUAACGGGAGAACCAUCAUUUUAUACAAUUAGAGCAAAACACUCAAGUCGUAUAGCUUUACUUAGUAAAUCUACAUUUUUCUCUAUCAUGCGUGAAAAACCUACUGUUGUAUUGCAUGUUGCAAAAACGGUUGUAAAACGAUUAAGCCCUUUUGUUAGACAGGUUGAUUUUGCCCUUGAUUGGCUGUUCCUGGAGAGUGGAAGAGCUGUUUAUCGUCAAGGUGAUGAGUCUGAUUGCACGUUUAUUGUUUUGAGUGGCCGUUUGAGAUCAGUAAUUACCUAUGAAAAUGGGAAAAAGGAAUUAGUUGCUGAAUAUGGCAAGGGGGAUUUAGUUGGAAUUGUGGAAAUGGUUACACAGACUCUGAGAUCAACCACUGUAAUGGCAGUUCGUGAUUCGGAAUUAGCAAAACUUCCUGAAGGACUUUUCAAUGUCAUCAAACUUAGAUAUCCGAUAGUUGUGACAAGAUUGAUUAAUUUACUUGGUCAUCGCUUGCUUGGUACAUGGAAACAGGCACGUCCAAAAAAUGGUGCACGCAAUAGCAGACAAACAGCUGUAGAUGCACGACCAUCACAAGUCAAUUUUUCAACAGUUGCCAUUGUUCCAGUAUCGGAUGAUGUUCCAUUAACAGCAUUUACUUAUGAACUAUACCACUCAUUAUGUGCUAUUGGUCCUUGUUUACGUUUAACUUCUGAUGUUGUAAAAAAAACACUAGGCGGUACGAUCAUGGAUUCAAUGAACGAAUACCGUUUGACUUCGUGGUUAGCGCAACAGGAAGAUCAGCAUCGAAUUUCAUUAUACCAGUGCGACUCUACUUACACUUUAUGGACCCAGCGUUGUGUUCGUCAAGCCGAUUGUAUAUUGAUAAUUGGUCUUGGUGAUCGAUCACCAUCGCUUGGUCGAACUGAGCGCGAGGUUGAGCGACUAGCUAUGCGUACGCAAAAGGAACUUGUGCUUCUGCACAAGGAACACAAUGGUCAACGACCCAUGAAUACUGUCGAGUGGUUGAAUAUGAGAUCUUGGGUGUCCAGUCAUCAUCACAUUCAGUGCCCUAAACGCAUGUUUACAAGAAAAUCCCAGUACAGAAUUAAUGAACUGUACUCAAAAGUAUUGAUGUCAGAGCCGAAUGUGCACAGCGACUUCAGCAGGUUGGCUCGCUGGCUGACUGGAACCUCGGUUGGUCUCGUUCUAGGAGGCGGUGGUGCCAGAGGGGCAGCCCAUGUCGGCAUGUUGAAGUCCAUAAUUGAGGCUGGUAUUCCGAUUGACAUGGUUGGCGGAGUCAGUAUCGGAGCCUUCAUGGGUGCACUUUGGUGUAUGGAGAAAAAUAUAACCACGACUACGCAAAAGGCUCGAGAAUGGUCCAAGAAAAUGACACAGUGGUGGAGACAAAUUCUAGAUCUUACAUAUCCAAUGACGUCGAUGUUUUCCGGUAAAGAUUUCAAUAAAACGAUUCAAGGCACUUUUGGAGACGUCUAUAUUGAAGACUUAUGGCUUCCAUACUUUACGAUAACGACUGACAUUACAGCUUCUUGUAUGCGCACGCACACGCACGGAUUACUUUGGAAGUACAUUCGAGCCAGCAUGACUUUUGCUGGUAUCUUUCCACCAGUAUGUGAUCCAGUUGACGGUCAUCUUUUAGUCGACGGGUGUUACGUAAAUAAUGUUCCAGCUGAUGAGAUGCUUAGGCAAGGUGCGCAUCACAUUCUUGCUAUCGAUGUUGGGUCGCAAGAUGAUACUGAUUUAACAAAUUACGGAGACUCAUUAUCUGGAUGGUGGCUACUAUGGAAACGCUGGAAUCCAUUUGCGACACCUGUUAAAGUGCCUAAUUUACCAGAUAUACAAUCACGGUUGGCAUAUGUGAGUUGUGUUAGACAACUAGAAGAAGUGAAGAACUCGGAUUACUGCGAGUACAUACGACCACCAAUUGACAAAUAUAAAACUUUGCAAUUCACCAAUUUUGAUGAAAUUAAAGAUGUAGGAUAUAAUCACGGAAAAUCUUACUUUGGAGGUCAAUCAAAAGCAGGAAUUCUUCCACGAUUUAAUGCAGAUCGAGAAAAUGCAAAAGCAUUACGAGCCAAAUAUCAAGAUGCAAAUCAACAAACCGUUUCCUCGUAUACUUUCACAGAUCUGGCACAAAUGGUUUGCAAAGUUUCUCGUGGUAACUGUUACGCUGACUUAGACUCAGACUCUGAUGAAAUGGAGGAAUAUGAAGAAUAUUUAGAAGACGCACACGAAGUUGGAUAUGUUUCUGAACCUACAAGUCCAGAUGAUAAUCGGUUGCGAAGAAGAAUCGGAGUUUCAUUAAGUCUAUCUGAUACUGAAGCAGACAAUGAAAUGGAGUAUGAUAUAAGCGGUAGAAAUUCUCCACAUCAACAGUUUUUUAAAUAUGGAAAUUCCCCUAUUGAAAUGUAACAUUUAAAUAU